UUUGGCAGAUAAAGAUUCAUCCCUCAUAAAGUGGGGCCCAACUUAAUCAAUUAGCUGACGUGUCAUUGUCCAUUUGUCAUGUUAAUAGCACCUCUUUAAAUACCCCAUUAUUUUCCUUCAGUUUCCAGCAAUCCAAACAACCCUAAUAAGAAAGUUUGCAGAUGGCUUCUCUCUUGGGUUCGCUGCAAACAAGCCAUUAUCAUCAACAACUCCUACUACUUUACUAGCUUCUUCUUUGGUGAAUUCCACAAAAAUCCACUCCCCGAAAGUGUCUCUAAAGUCCAGUUUUUUAAUGCAAAAAACGUGAAAAUUAUUGAAACUUGAAGGAAACAAAGAUCCCUUCGAUCCAUGGUGAAUACUCAGUGAAGAUGUCAUGGGAUGUCCCUCCUCCCCCUUUCAAAUUAAUCAUUCAUGAAAAAACCUUGAAGUUGACUGAUACAGUUAUAGAGCAUGUGGAGUACAUAGUAGGACAGGCAAUUCAGAAACAUUGUCAUCUUGUACGGGCAGUUCAUGUAAGGUUGUGUUUUAGAGGUGGAGAGUUGGGGAAAGGUCCAGGAUUAGAAGAUGUGAGGCUGUUCACACAAAGUACCUUGACAUGCCACCUCUGACUGUCGAUGAAGCAAUUGUGCGGCUGGGAAAUGUGGAUCCAUGCCUUCUACGGUUUCGGGCAUGCUGAAGGGGGAAGAUACAGAAUUUGAGAUCAAGUGAACUCAAACUAAUGAGAUGUAUUAACAUGCUUGUAUGAGUUCUUAGUUUAUGGAAAAUCAGAGCCACUAUUAUGCUGGCGUCCAAACUUACCGGGACGAGAAAAAAGAAUUUUGGAAUCACUAUUCAGUUUAUAUUAGAU